AUGGAGAUGAUAGGCUGGAAAACCCUACAGCCAAAUGAAGGAAAAUUUGAAACAAGAAAACUAGAGAAAAAGGAUUUAAAGAUAAAAUCUGAAGCAUUGAGAGACUUUGCUUUUGAGUUGUUGACACGUUCUAUAAUAGAGACCAUUGACAUGGAGUUGAGUGCCAUUUUGUUCUUAUCAUUUGACAUUGUAGGUUUAUGUUCUGGAAUAUUCUUCAAUAUGUUCAUCUCAGUCGUCAGCUACAGAACUUGGCUUCACCAUCAUGGACUUCACCACCCACGAGGCCUCCUGCUCUUCUGUCUUGGAUUGUCCAGCUCAAUACAUGAAGUUUAUGUGCUUUUUUACACCAUGUCCGCUUAUAUCUGGCCUAAGGAGUUCUUAUCCAUCACAGUCUGUAUGAUUUUAGCACAAUGUCUAUUCCCAUUUUUCAGCUUUUUCCCUACGUGUCAGAUCUCGUUGCUGUGCAGCUUCUACUGUAUUAAACUUGUCUCCUUCCAGCACUGGAUCCUCAAGGUCCUGAAGUCGCGGCUUCCAUCUGUUCUUCCCUGGAUAAUAGCCGGCACUCUAGUGAUAUCCGGUAUGGUGAUGGUCACUUUGCUCGGUGUCAUCUUCAUCUCAGUCCCUGUAGAUAACAGUGAGAAUAACACUUUAUACUGUAGGAGAAUCAAUGACACCUACUUUGAUCAAAUAAUGAACAUUACAAAUAGUUUCAACAUCUUGGCUUUUUUCCCGUUUUACCUCAUCCUGGUGUCUCUGAGUUGUACGGUCAGCGCUCUGGUCCGGCACAUACGGAGGGUGCAGGGAACAUUGAGCCUGGACAGAUCCCACCUGGACGCUCAUCUUCAUGCAGUCACCACCAUGAUCCUGCUCCUAGCACUGAACAUGUCAUUCUAUGGAUCUAAAUUGUUUAUAGAAUGGAAUGAUCAGCCUUCCCCUUUAAUUGUUGUUUGUUGGAUCAUAUUUAUCCUUUUUUAUCCUCUCCUGGCUCUUACUUUAAUCUACAGAACUAAGAUACUAUAUAGUUACUUUAUCUGUUGUCUUCAUAGAAGAAGCUCGGAGGAGAUGUGA